AUGGAUAUGGACUUAGCCGGUGAGAAGAGGUUGCUACAACUUAACGUGCUUGAUGAAUUUCGAUUGCACGCGUACGAAAAUGCCAAAUUGUAUAAAGAAAAGACUAAGAGGAGGCAUGAAAAGAACACCCAACAUCGCAAUUUUGAGCCAGGUCAAGAAGAUCUCUUGUUUAAUUCAAGCUUGAAGCUUUUCCCCGGAAAGCUUAAGUCUCGAUGGUCAGGUCCUUUAUUUGCGGUAAGUGUGAGGCUUCAUGGAGCGGUGGAAUUGCGUGAUACGAGCUCAUGUGUUACCUUCUUGGUAAAGGGGAAAAGAGUAAAACAUUAUUGGGGUGGUGACAUUGCACGUCACAAGACCUCGAGGGACGCCGAUGCUUGA